AUGUCGAGUCCAACACCCUACGCCUCAUCCACCUACUCCACCUCGACCACGUACUCAGUAGACGCCAUCAAGGCCUCUGCCUCGUCCCAAUCAGCAGCAGCACCGAGCCAGAAGCGCUCCCUCGGCAAAAAGGUCAAGAGCGUCCUGACCAGCAUGGGCGAACACCCCACGGCGCGGUACGACCGGAAACACGGUCUCGAGCCAAAGCCCAUGUACGCGCCCGUCAUGCCCGUAUCCAAGAUUUGA